AUGAUAAGAAAAGAGGUUGAGUUGAACCUUUUUUGCCCUUCAGCAUUCAAAGCAUUCAAAGCUGUUUUUACAAAUCUCAAUGCCACUGGAAGAUAUGGUCCAUCAUCGCUGGGAGGUCACUACAGAGAUGAGGAUCAUGACGGACAAGUUGCUCUGUCCAGCGGUAUUCAACAGUGGACUGUGCCAUACAGUGGACUGUGCCAUACACUGGUGACUACAGAAUAGAAGCAGUAGGAGCAGCUGGAGGAUACGAUGGAGCUACUAACAACCCUCAAUAUCGAGGAAGAGGAACAAGAAUGAUUGGAACAUUCCGUUUAAAAGAGGAUGAAGUUAUCCAGAUCCUUGUAGGUCCAGAAGGGGGAAUAAACAAGAUGGAUAAAUCCUCUGGUGGUGGUGGAGGUACAUUUGUGGUGAGUGGAACCAACACAACUUUAAUAAUAGCUGGAGGCGGAGGAGGGAUAGAUUCUGCAGAGUCAAGACAUGCAGGAUGUGACGCCAGCACAAGCACAACAGGGAAUCAUGGACACAAGUCAUGGUCAGGGGGAAGCAAUGGAAAUGGUGCGCAGACUGCUAAUUAUGGUUACUCAGGUAAGAGUAUACUGUGAUGAUCCCUUACCCAUUACCUCUUCAUUAAUGGAUGUGUUAAUGUGUGCUUCAAAUUUAAAUCAUCGGCCCUAAUCCCACGAAAGAAAAAAACAAAACGCUAAGACUACCUAGGAUGAGGACUAGUUUAUGCACCCAGAGAUAAUAUAGGCACAUAUAAAAAUAUUCUGCCUGAAGAAUGGCGGCUCAAUAGAAAUACAUCAUUUAAAGGUUUGACCUCGCUGAUAUGAGCACAUUAGGGAUUAUUAAAAACAAAAAAGGGUCUUGUAAUUAAAACUUCAAUCAUCUGUUUUGUUUUUAUUUUGUCUUCAGGUGGUGGUGGUGGCGGGUUUUACUCCAGUGGAAGAAGUGGAACUGAUUUCAAGGGGAGCAUGGGAGUGGGCGGAGAAGGUGGUAAGGGAUUUCUUCAGGGAGGGGAGGGUGGGAGAUCACUGCAUCACAAUGUUGUUGGUGGGUUUGGUGGAGGAGGUGGAGCUCAUGGAGGGUCAGGAGGAGGAGGAGGAGGAGGAGGAGGAUACUCUGGAAGAAGCAGUGGAGAUGGUUCUCGUGAUAGCUGUGGGGGUGGGGGUGGCUCCUACAACGAUGGAAACAACCAGGACAAUGAAUGUUGUUAUAACACGGCUGGUCAUGGUCAGGUGACCAUCACAUUGCUGUAA